UUUCACUUUCCUUUUCCCCCUUACUGCCGAGCUCUGGAGGAAGGGAGGGUCGGGUCAAUUGGCAGUUUCUCUUGAAGCUUUCGGAAUGCUCCGAGGUGGUGAAAAUCUAAUCUAAGCCAUGUUCAGGGCCCCUGGGACUGAACGGGAGGUGGCAGGAAGAGGCAGUGGACUCAGCAGCAGGGUGAUUACAGAGGCCUGGAAUAGCGAGGAGCAGGCUCACUAUGAACUCAGCUUCAGGUACUUCAAAGAAAAUAAGGUGGAGAUCGCGAGUGCCAUCACAAAGCCGUUUCCGUUCCUCAUGAGCCUCCGAGACCGAGGCUUCAUCUCUGAGCAGAAGUAUAAACUUUUUCAAGAACGUUGUGAGAACCUGGUUCCAGUGAACAGAGUGAUGUAUGACGUCCUCAGUGACCUGGAGAAGAUGUUUGGCCAGCCGCUUCUGAGGGUGAUGUUCAGCCCAACGAAUCUGAAGGAAUAUCCUGACUUAAAGGAGAUUUUCAGAAGCUUCCCAUUUGCAGCCCAGAAACCUUUGCAAAUGAUUGAAGGAGGAGAAUCAGAAGAAACAUUCAUGUUGCCUUGUGGUACAGAAGAACACAGAGGUGUUAGUUUGGAAGUUUGGAGAGGAGCACACCAGGAGGCCCUGCGUUCCCCACCAAGAUCUAGGCCAGAGCACAAUCGUGUCAGUUUUGAUGUGUCAGUGGGAGCACACCAGGAGGCCUUGAGUUCCCCACCAAGAUCUAGGCCAGAUCAGAGGGGCGCCCGUGUGGAAGUGUGGAGAGGAGCAUACCAGGAGGCCUUGAGUUCCCUACUAAGAUCUAGGCCAGAGCACAGCAAUUCCAAUUUGGAAGUAUGGAAAGGAACAUGCCAGGAUACUAUGAACUCCCCACCAAGAUCUAGGCCAGUGCCCUGUGGUCCUGAAAAUUUCCAAGUGAGUGAUGAAGAACAGGAAGAAGGGCCCAGCGAACCUCAGUGCAAUGGAGGAGAAGGCAGCAGUCCCUGCUCACCAGCGAUUAAUGGACAAGAGCCCCAAGAUGCCUUGCGUGCAUCACCAAGACCUGGAGUAGGAGCAGAGCGAUCAGCAAGUGGAAAUGAGAAGUGUUCCUGCGUCAUGUGUGCCCCAAGAUGUAUGCAGGAAGACCCAGAAGCAAGGACGGGAAGCAGGCAAAAAGAUACUGUGGAUGCAGGAAACAGCAGCACUUUAAGAAAGCCCAAGAGGAAAAGAAGAAAAAAGAAAAGACAUAACUGGAUAAGAGUAAAAAGGAAGAAACAGCAAAAUAUUCCACCAAAACGCACAAGAAAACUCAAAGUCAAAAAUGCAGAUUUUAGUGCUGAGUUGCUUCCUGUGACGUGUGGUAAACUGAAGGGAAUUUUAUAUAAGGAGAAAUUGAAACAAGGGAUCUCAGUGAAGUGUAUACAGAGUGAGGAUGGAGAGUGGUUCACUCCCCAUGAAUUUGAAAUCAGAGGAGGCUAUGCAAGAUCAAAGAACUGGAAAUUGAGUGUGCGCUGCCACAAGAUACCCCUGAAACGGCUGAUCGAGAGAAAUUUUCUACCUAAACCUCCAAGAAUAUAUCACAGGAAAAGAAAGAGAACAUCUGAAUCUCACAGUUCCCCAGUUGAUCCUUAUCCGGAGAACUCGAAUGAAUGUAUGGUGUGUCGGGAUGGGGGAACACUGUUCUGCUGUGAUACUUGUUCCAGAGCCUUCCAUGAGUAUUGUCAUCUCCCAAAGGUGGAAGCUGAGAUGACAUCGUGGAGUUGCAUCUUCUGCAGGGUGAUGCAGUUCUUAGGAAGCCCACAGAGCCAUUCAGAAUCUGAGAUACUGCAGAGGCAGAUGCAGCCUGAGGAACAGUUGAAAUGUGAGUUCAUCCUCUUAAAAGUCUAUUGCUGUCCAGAGAGCUCCUUUUUUGCUAAGAUGCCAUAUUACUAUUAUUUUAAAGAGACACUUCAAGGCCCACAGAAUCACAUAUGGUUGGACAAGAUCAAGAAAAAGCUGAAUAAGCAGAAUUACUCCCAAGUGAAGGAGUUUGUGCAGGACAUGAGGCUCAUCUUUCAGAACCACAGGGCCUCAUUCAAGUACCCUAAGUUUGGACAGAUGGGACUUAAACUAGAGGCUGAAUUUGAGAAGAUUUUCAAGGAAGUGUUUGCCAUUCAAGAAACAAAUGAAGACAGCUGACCAGUGUCAUAGCACAAUCUCCUUUUCUGGCCAGCUCCUCCCACCCCCAGCAGCAGUGAAUGUCGUCUACUGACUUCAGCACUUCCAGAGGAUUCUCUAGGCCACGUGGAGUCAGCUUCAGCUGGAAAUUACACUUCCUGCCUCGGGGUCCAUCCCUUUGCCUCCAGCUGGAACUAAGGAUGUGGUUGGAUGUUGCUUUGUGCUCUCAGAGGGGAAGGCUGGAGUUUUUCUCCAUCUGCUUAGCUUUCCUCAUCACAUUAUAUUGCUCCCUUUGCCUCCUACUCCUGAGAGCACUUCACAAUAAACCACAGGCUUCUAAGACUUCAAAGUGUGUGGUGGCUCACACCUGUUGUCCCAGCACUUGGAGGCUGAGGCAGGAGGAUUGCUACAAAUUUGAUGUCAGCCUGGGCUACAAAGUGAGUUCCAGCCAACCUGAGUUACAGAGUGAGAGCUUGCUUCAACAACCAACCAACGCCCCCCCCCCAAAAAAAAGUUAAAACAAUAAAAGACCUUAACUCAGA